UCCACCAUGCUCGGUUCUCGAGGACAUCUUAAGCAAGUAUAAAAAGCCUCCCAAACCCCUUCACCUUAAUCACCAAUACCCCCAUUUCUAUUCGAUCAACUUCAUCUAGCUAGCUAGCUGUACGUGUACAUUUUCUGAAGAUGAAUAGGCCAGGAGAUUGGAACUGCAGGUCAUGCAACCAUCUCAACUUCCAAAGGAGGGACUCAUGCCAGAGGUGUGGGGAGCCAAGGCCCGGGGAGAGAGGUGGUGAAUUUGGAAGCUUUGGUGGCGGAAGAGGUGGAGGUGUUGGUGGUUCGUUUGGGUUCACUACCGGCCCGGAUGUCAGGCCUGGUGACUGGUACUGCAACGUGGGAAACUGUGGAGCUCAUAACUUUGCCAGCCGCUCUAGCUGCUUCAAGUGUGGUGCGUCCAAGGACGAGUCCUCUAGUGGCGGUGGUGGCUUUGACGGUGACAUGCCUAGGUCACUUAGAGGCGGUUUUGGAUUUGGCGGCAGUGGCAGUGGUAGUGGUGGCAGCUCUGGUCGCUCUGGAUGGAAAUCCGGGGACUGGAUUUGCACAAGGUUAGGGUGCAAUGAGCACAACUUCGCAAGCAGGACGGAAUGUUUCAGAUGCAAUGCUCCAAGGGAAUCUAGUACCGGUGGUGCUGUACUUUUCUGAAGGAACUGAGAAAAAGAACAUUCCCUAAUGAUAAUGGCUACUCCUUUUGGGCCAGAGAGAGAGAGAGAGAGAGAGAGAAGAGACAUCACCCUCUUCUAUUUUUAUCAUUUUUCUUUUUUCUUUCCUUACUUUUUCUAGUUUCUAGGUUUAUCUUUGCUAGCAAGGGAGCUUAAUCUGAAAUGUGGCUGCUGAUGAUCACGAAGAACGUACUCAACAAAGCUUAAUCACUUGGCAUUUUGUGCGCUUAAUUUCUCCCUAUCUUAUAAUAUAUGAACUAUAGCCUGGCAUGUAGCUUUGUAUGUACGUAUGUGUACUAUUAAUCAUAAUUAAUCUCAGUGUUUUUGUUUAAUGAA